GCGUGCCAACUCUGUCUUUCUCCUACCUCCCUGAAAAAAAACAAAACAAAGAACUCUCAUUUGAUCCCAUGACUGUUCAAGAUCAAACUGACAAAGGUGCCAAGCCUUCUUAUUAUUACUCCCCAUCUUUGGAUGUUUCCGUUGCAUUCCCUCAGGCUACUCCAGCGUCUAUUUUUCCUCCUGGUGCUUCUGAUUAUUAUCAAUUUGAUGAUCUCUUGAGGCCUGAGGAGCAGGCUGUCCGUAAGAAAGUACGAGAGUGUAUGGAAAAAGAAGUAGCUCCUAUAAUGGCAGAGUAUUGGGAGAAGGCGGAGUUUCCAUUCCAAAUCAUUCCCAAACUCGGUGCUCUUCGUAUUGCUGGUGGUACCAUCAAGGGUUAUGGAUGCCCUGGUCUCUCGCUUACCGCAAGUGCUAUUGCAACUGCAGAGCUUGCUAGGGUCGAUGCAAGUUGCUCGACUUUUAUAUUGGUGCAUUCAUCUCUGGCCAUGCUUACCAUUGCAUUUUGCGGGUCAGAGGAACAGAAGCAGAAGUAUUUACCUUCUUUGGCACAAUUAAAAACUGUAGCUUGUUGGGCUUUGACCGAGCCUGACUAUGGAAGUGAUGCUAGUUCUCUAAACACAACUGCAACAAAGGUAGAAGGAGGUUGGAUACUUGAGGGACAAAAACGCUGGAUAGGAAACAACUUUGCUGAUGUGUUGGUUAUUUUUGCCAGGAAUACUACAACCAACCAGAUAAAUGGAUAUUUAGUUAAGAAGGAUUCCCCUGGAUUGACGGCUACAAAAAUACCGAACAAGAUUGGAUUGCGAAUUGUUCAAAAUGGAGAUAUUCUCUUAAAGAAAGUCUUUGUUCCGGAUGAGGACAGGUUACCUGGUGUGAACUCUUUUCAAGAUACAAGCAAGGUACUAGCUGUUUCUCGAGUAAUUGUUGCAUGGCAACCUAUUGGCAUAUCAAUGGGUGUAUAUGAUAUGUGUGUCAGGUAUCUGAAGGAGAGGAAACAGUUCGGAGCACCAUUGGCAGCCUUCCAACUUAACCAGCAGAAACUUGUUCGCAUGUUGGGUAAUAUCCAAGCAAUGACCCUUGUCGGUUGGCGCCUUUGCAAAUUGUACGGCGGUAAAAUGACUCCUGGUCAUGCCAGCUUGGGAAAGUCUUGGAUUACCUUGAGGGCAAGAGAGACGGCGGCUCUAGGACGGGAGUUACUCGGUGGCAAUGGAAUUUUGGCUGAUUUUCUUGUUGCCAAGGCAUUCUGUGAUUUGGAACCCAUUUACACGUACGAAGGCACGUAUGACAUCAACAGCUUGGUGACUGGUAGGGAAAUCACUGGUUUUGCCAGUUUUAAACCAGCCUUAUCGAGCCAGCGAAGCCGCAUGUGAAAGAUUGUGUAAACUUGUACUCUGUAUGGAGAAAGGAGUAGAUGUUGUACAAAGUGAUGAACUUGCUACUGAAGAAGUUGAAUAAAUUAAUUAAAAAAAACAUAAUUGAUACAA